UUGACAUCUUCCAUCAGCAGUGAACUACACUAGCUAUAUACAGUACUCAUACUAAAAGGGUGUCAGACUGUCUGUAUGUAGAGUUAAAGGAACCGGAAGUGUCCUGUCAUCUUUGUACAGGGAGAACCUAGGCUGCCGCCUAUACAUCCGGACAGAUAAUCAAGAUCAGCAAUUACACAACCCCCCAUUCACUGACUCAGUCCUGCUAUGGAGCUGCAAACCUUAUAGCUUCCAAGGUGGAAUUUACCUAUGUAUUUAACCCCUUUUUGGGGUGACAUUGAUAAGGUAUACAAUUAAGCUGCAAAGAUUCCUUAAAUCACACACAGCAAAGUCUUAUGGCCACCUACAGUAUGGCGAACGAGAGAUUGCGUGUCCUGGAGGAGAUUGAGAGGGAAAUAGCAGCCAUCCUUCUAAAUGCAGGGAAUGUGAUUUUGGAGCUCUCAAAGGAAAAGCCUAAUGAACGUAUACUGGACAGACAUGCAACUCAGUUUACAGGCUCUGUACAAAAGGUGGAGUCUGAGCUCUCGGCACAGAUCCGCUACCUUACCCAGGUAGCAACAGGACAGCCGCAUGAAGGCUCCAGUUACAGCUCCCGGAAGGAUGGCACCAUGGCAUUAAAUAGAAUUGACUAUGCCAGAGUAAAGAUAACAGAACUAAGCAGGACAUGUGAGCAGAUGUUGGAGCAGCCUUGAAUGAUACACCGAAGAAGCUCUAUCACCAAGUUUUGUAAGAAUACAGAAAAACACUGGUGCAGAUUUGAACACAAAACAAAAUCGUACAAAACCACCCCUCUAAGUUGACAAAAGGCACAAAGACUGCACGGAUAACACAUCCUUAAACUUAUUGCUGUGGCAAUGUAAGAAAUAGCCAGUUUCAUUGACAAGUGGACCCCAUUUUAGAAAAAUACUUCCACACUUUCAUUCUCAUGCUGUUGAUGCUGUUCCUAAAAUGUAUUAUAUUAAUAGUCUCAUGUUAGCUGAGCAUUUGAUUGAAGAAAUAAAUACUUGCAUCUUGCUGUA